AGCCUGGCGAGCUGGAACAGUCCAACCGGUCGUUGUGUCAGAAACAUGGCCGCCUUCAGUAGACAUUUGACAGCGAGAAACUCCUCCAUAGCGGGCGGCGUUUUGCUGCUCUUAUACCUGCUGAAGCACCGAAACAGGAAGCCCAAGCAAAGCAGUAAACAAGGAGGCUCACAUCUCGUGCUGAACACAGAGAAAGAUGGCAAAAAAGACAGAGCAGCAGUGGACAAGGUGUUCUUCCUCAGAAUCGUCCGGAUUCUGCGGAUCAUGGUGCCACGAUUUUUCUGCAUGGAGACCGGUUACCUUAUCCUCAUCGCCACCAUGUUGGUGGCCAGGACCUACUGUGAUGUAUGGAUGAUCCAGAACGGCACCAUGAUUGAAAGUGCAAUUAUUGGUCGCUCCACAAAAGAUUUCAAGAUCUUCUUGUUCAGCUUUAUCAAAUUCAUGCCACUUAUUGCCUUGGUCAACAACUUCCUGAAGUUUGGCCUAAAUGAGUUGAAGCUGAGGUGCCGUGAGAGGCUCACACAGUACCUGUAUGACCAGUACUUACAAGGUUUCACUUACUACAAAAUGGGAAACCUGGACAACCGGAUAGCUAACGCUGACCAGCUUCUGACACAGGAUGUAGAGAAGUUCUGCAACAGUGUGGUGGAUCUUUACUCCAACCUCAGCAAGCCUCUGUUAGAUAUCGGACUGUACAUCUUCAAGCUGACAAGUGCCAUUGGUGCUCAGGGUCCAACCAUCAUGAUGUCCUACCUGCUGAUCUCAGGUCUGUUCCUGACCAGGCUGAGGAGGCCUAUAGGCAAGAUGACAGUCACUGAGCAGCGCUAUGAGGGAGAGUAUCGCUAUGUCAACUCUCGCCUCAUUACUAACAGUGAGGAGAUCGCCUUCUACAACGGGAACAUGAGGGAAAAGCAGACUAUCCAUGCCACAUUCAAGAAACUGGUUGACCACUUGCAUAACUUCAUCUUCUUUCGCUUCUCUAUGGGAUUCGUGGACAGCAUCAUUGCCAAGUAUCUGGCCACCGUGGUGGGCUACUUGGUGGUUAGCCGGCCAUUCCUCAACCUGUCACACCCCCGACACCUGAACAGCACACACUCUGAGCUGCUUGAAGACUACUACCAGAGUGGGAGGAUGCUCCUGCGAAUGUCCCAGGCCUUGGGCAGGAUUGUCCUGGCUGGCCGAGAGAUGACCCGCCUCUCAGGAUUUACAGCUCGUAUCACCGAACUGAUGAAAGUCCUGAAGGAGCUAAAUGCUGGCAGAUAUGAGCGCACAAUGGUUUCCCAGCAGGAGAAGGAAGAAGACACUGCAGAGAAACUGCUUUUGGUGCCUGGAAGUGGUCAAAUUAUUAACAGAGACAACGUCAUCAAAUUUGACCAUACUCCACUCGCAACGCCCAAUGGAGACAUCCUGAUCAAAGAGCUCACGUUUGAGGUGCAGUCUGGCACCAAUGUUCUUGUGUGUGGACCAAAUGGCUGUGGAAAAAGCUCACUGUUCAGAGUGCUUGGAGAGCUGUGGCCUCUGUUUGGUGGACAUCUGACGAAACCUGAGAGGGGGAAGCUCUUCUAUGUGCCUCAGAGACCCUACAUGACUCUGGGUUCUCUGAGGGACCAAGUCAUUUACCCUGACACCCACGAAGAUCAGAGGAAGAAAGGCAUCUCUGAUCAGGUGUUGAAGGAGUACCUGGACAAUGUUCAGCUGGGUCACAUCCUGGACAGGGAGGGCAGCUGGGACAAUGUCCAGGACUGGAUGGACGUCCUCAGUGGAGGGGAAAAGCAGAGGAUGGCCAUGGCCAGACUGUUUUAUCACAAGCCCCAGUUUGCCAUCCUUGAUGAGUGUACCAGUGCAGUGAGUGUGGAUGUGGAGGAUUACAUCUACAGCCACUGCAGGACGGUGGGCAUCACCUUGUUCACAGUGUCUCACAGAAAGUCCCUGUGGAAGCACCAUGAGUAUUAUCUCCACAUGGAUGGGAGAGGGAACUACGAAUUCAAGCCCAUCACAGAAGAAACUGUAGAGUUUGGCUCUUAACUGCCUGCUGCUGACAGAUGCACUGCUGUGAUAAAACCAGUCUGUUAAUUCUUUGCACUCAAGACAGAAGUAAUAGAUAACAAUGUUUUUAAUCAUUUGUAAUUCUAAGCCUUGUUUCUUUUAUUUUCUGUUAUUUAAAGCAUCGCUUUAGCCCUGUCUAAUUAUGAUUUUGUUUAGUAUGAUUAUAAGAAGGUUGUGAUUUAUGUUACCAACUCAAACGCCCAUGAGAUGUUUAAGUAGAGGUGGAAAUAUAUUCUGCUGUUUUUUAAUCAUCUCUGGCAUCUACAGGCAGUUGUAUGUGACAACAGGUUUGCCUGUAGAGAUGAUCUAGAAACCACGGUGGUCUUUCAGUCAUUAUGUCCCACAAAGUGUGAUGCUUCUAGCUGCCUUGCAGCUUUUCUUUAAAGUUGGAUAACAGAAGCUGAGAGCAGCUGAAGGUCAGAAUCAUUUUGGGAGCUGUGCUGAAACCUUCAGUGGGAGUGGUUAAUAGUUAUCAUGUUAUGCCAUGUAAGCAUUCAUGUUUCACCCUCAUUUUUGUGCAGUUCAUUGUUUUCAUGGUUUUCUCUGGGCCAGUGAUGAUGUAAAUGUGUAAUCCAUGAAGUAGAGAAAUCAUUAGAACAAAAACUAAGUUUGAUGUAUCCUGAAAUCAUUUAAAUGACUUCAUAAGAACAGUUUAUCUGGAGAUGAUCUAUUGAAAGAGCUGUUCUCUGCUUCUGUAGCUGCAGGACAAACUGCUCCCUGGAACAGAAUAGUUUCCUCGAACCAACUGCUGCAUCUGAGGCCUCUGAAGUGCUGACUGUGUAACACAUUAACAAGGUUGUUGAGUAAAGUCUGAGCAUUGGAGGGCCAGCUGUUUUCUGUCUCAACUCGGGUUUUUUUCAAGGUACCCUCUGGUUUAACCUACAAUCCAUGUUAAACAAAGAUGGUACCAAAGUUUUGGUUCUACUCUUCUAAAUUCUACUCGUGAUCGUUGCCUCAGAGCUGUCGUCGUGAUCAGCCUGUAUAAUCACAUCAAUGGUGUAAACAGCAGCACUCAGCUCCGGUGAUUUUGAGAUUGAACAUUCCACUUGCAACACAUUUUCUGAACACCUGAAUGUCUAAAAUGUAACGUGUGAUUGCUGUCAAGGACGCCAACAUGUAGUGUAAAGAUCUUCCAUCAGGUCCAACUGUCAGGGUGCUGUGAUCUUCAGGACUGAUUACAGAAUUGACUGUGCUGACCAGACAUGGAUAUGCUGACUGAUGCGGGAAUGGAAAAAAAACAGGAAUCUGAUGUAUUGUUAAAGAACAGACACGGCCUGAAAGCUUUCAAAGGGUUACACUCAUUUUAUUGCCACCCAGACUGUUAAUGAGUUUGUUCUUCAAACAUCAGUGUUUGCCUUCUUCUUCUGCCCAGUUUUUUAGGGAAUUAGUAGAUUGUAAUUGUUGGGAUGAGUUGCACUUGGCUCCUCUGUGUGAGUUGUAGUUCUACAAUCUUAAAACGCAAAGAAAAGUCACCCUAGUAGAGCUCCAUGUGAGCGUCGUCCAUUCUCAGUUUCAUUCAGUGUUUUUUCAAGAAGUCGUCGGUCAUGUUCGCUAAAAUUUGAAGAUACACACAUCAAACAGCAAAUGGUUAUUAAACUUUUUCCUUUUUAUCAAGAACUAAUCAUGAAUUUCAUAUUUAUGAAAUUGUGUUUAAACAGUGUAUUAACAUAGCUUGGGUGGUGGGAAUGAAAGAGGUAAUGAACGUUUUACAUGAGGUCUGUGAAGCUGGGGACUGGGUCCAACGUGCAAUGAUGGCUUUUCUCAGUGUCACUGGUACAUUAAUAUGCAGACAAGAUUGUUCCCAGGCCCCUCUGUUAGUCUAAUUUGCUUAACAGUAAGUUUCAAAAUGUAAAGCAAGAUUUUCAACUGUACUGUUGGUUUUGUAUGGACAAUAAUGGUAUGAUCUCACUGCAUUAAAAAAUAAAGAACUGAAGGAGA